CUAUCAUCUACUUGAAUUUAUACAUUUCAAUCUUGGAUCUAUUUUAUUUAAACAGUCAUAUGAUUUGGUGUUAAUAACCACCCUUGACACGACACACUAUCUUUAACAAUUCCCUUGCAGACAAAAAGACCGCUCAACGCUCCCUUGGUUUUCUGAAGGUGUUCCUACUCCUCCAUGUCCCAAAAUACAACCAGACAUUACACUUCUGAACAGUAUCUCCUUCCAGCUGAUACAGAGGAGACCGAACGACUCAAUCAUCAGCAUGCAUGGAUAACCCAAGCAUUUGAAAACCGACUCCACAUAGCACCAGUUUUGUUGAACACUGGUGACAAGGUUUUGGAGAGUGCAGCCGGCAGUGGAAUCUGGGCGCUUGAAUUCGAAGCAGAAAAUGCUGCAAAUGGACGUAUUAUCAAUAUGGAGUGCGUCGACAUAACGAACAAACAGUUCCCUCAUCAGCAUCCUCCUAAUGUGCACUUUUCAAUCAACUCAGCCACUGACCUUCCUCUGGACUGGGUUAGCAGCUUUUCAUAUGCACAUCAACGUCUAUUGAUUGUUGCAAUGAAUGAUUCCCUCUGGAAGAAAGUUGUGAAAGAGCUAUACAGGGUGCUUCAACCGGGGGGCUGGAUUGAACUAUUGGAGGUAGAAGCUCAGGAACUCUGCUUUGACGUUGGUCCACAAUCCAAAAAACUUGUGUCUUUGAUCAAGGCAAUGUAUGGGGCCAAGGGCAUCAUUGGCAAUCUCGGUACCUACCUCCCAUCAAUCCUCACUCAAGCUGGUUUUACCCAAGUUGGUUUCGAAAGACGUGACGUGCCCAUUGGACAAUCCCAGGCUGAUGGAAAUGAGCGAAAGAUCUUCAUUAGGAGCAAGUAUUGGCAGAAUCUUUGGAAAGCUAUGAAAGAACCAGUAUUGAAAGGAGGGGGGUAUGGCAUUGUUGAAACAGGUGAAGAAUAUGAUGAGCUUUUACAAGAUUGUGGUGGGGAGUGGGAUAAUUCAGACAAGGCACAUACUACUUACUAUGCUGUUUUUGCUCAAAAGCCUUUGUAAGAUACAUAGCUGACAAUGAACGUGCUAAGGGUUAUUGUAAAUUCUUUAGAAGAUUCCAGUUGGCUAGUAUGAUUUAAUUAAUGAAGUGGCUGUUUUGAUUGACCCUU